AUGGCGGCGGCGGCGGUGCUGCGUACGCCGGCGACUCGCAGCCUCCUCCUCCUCGCCGCCCGCACGUUUCUCCGGACAGGCCGCAACCUCUCCACCAACCCGCCACCCCCGCAGACACCCACCACAGUCACCGCCGAGCUCCUCCGCCUCCUCUCCGCCGCCCCUGCCUGGACACCCGACCUCGUCCAGGCCGUCUCCUCCACUCUCUCCACCGCCUCCGUCCCCGAUGUCGUGGUACCCGUCCUCCGCUCCCUCAGGAACCCUUCCCUCGCCGGUCCCUUCUUCCUCCUAGCCUCCUCCGCCUCCUCUCCCCAACCUCUUCCCCCCGACGCCUACAACGCCGUGCUCCCGUUCCUCUCCUACGACCCGGCGGCUCUAGAGAAAGUCCUCGAAGAGAUGUCCCUCCUAGGCUACGGCCUCCCAAAUCCGGCCUGCGCUGCUCUUGUCACCACCCUCGUCCGCUCCCGCCGCCUCGAGGAUGCCUUCCGUGCAAUUGGGGCCAUGCGGCGGCUCAAGUUCCGCCCGGCCUUCUCAGCGUACACCGUGCUGAUUGGGGCGCUGGCGGAUGCACGGCAGCCCGAGCGUGCGCUGGAGCUGCUGCGGCAGAUGCAGGAGGUCGGCUAUGAGGUAGGCGUGCCUCUUUUCACGACAUUGGUGCGCGCCCUGGCACGCGAGGGGCGGAUGGAGGUCGCAUUGACGCUGGUCGACGAGGUGAAGGGGAGCUGCCUUGAGCCGGAUAUUGUCUUGUACAAUGUGUGCAUCGAUUGUUUUGGGAAGGCUGGGAAUGUGGAUGUGGCCUGGAAGUUCUUUCAUGAGCUGAGAGCGCAGGGUCUCCGGCCAGAUGAUGUAUCGUACACGAGCAUGAUUUGGGUGCUUUGCAAGGCAGGGAGGCUAGGUGAGGCCGAGGAGUUAUUUGGGCAGAUGGAGGUGGAAAGGGCUGUGCCUUGUGCUUAUGCUUAUAAUACUAUGAUCAUGGGAUAUGGGUCAGCUGCCCGGUUUGAUGAUGCUUACAGGCUGCUUGAGCGGUUGAGGGAGAGGGGAUGUAUCCCGUCUGUCGUGUCAUUUAAUUCAAUUCUCACUUGCCUCGGUAAGAAGAGGAAGGUUGAUGAGGCACUGAGCUUGCUUGACAUCAUGAAGAAGGAUGCUAAGCCAAAUACCUCGACGUAUAACAUCGUUAUUGACAUGCUGUGCAUGGCUGGGAGGGUUAAUGAGGCAUAUAAGAUACGUGAUGAGAUGGAGCUUGCUGGUCUGUUUCCUAACUUGUUGACAGUUAAUAUAAUGGUGGAUAGGCUGUGCAAGGCAAAGCAGCUUGAGGAGGCCCAUAGGAUAUUUGAAAGUGCGAGUCAGAAAGGUUGCAAUCCUGAUUCUGUGACAUACUGUUCCCUUAUGGAUGGCCUUGGAAAGAAGGGAAAGAUUGAUGAGGCCUAUAGGCUAUUUGAGAAAAUGUUGGAUGCAGGCCACAAUGCUAAUCCUGUCGUAUAUACCUCCUUGAUCAGGAACUUUUUCAUGCAUGGAAGGAAAGAAGAUGGGCACAAGAUUUUCAAAGAGAUGGUCCGUCGAGGAUGCCAUCCUGAUCUCACCCUAAUUAAUACAUAUAUGGAUUGUGUUUUCAAAGUGGGUGAGGUUGAAAGGGGAAGAGCAAUUUUUGAGGACAUCAAGAGUUAUGGAUUUCUUCCUGAUGUCCGAAGUUAUUCCAUUUUGAUUCAUGGGCUCACGAAAGCUGGCCAGGCUAGAGAAACAUCCAAUAUUUUUCAGGCAAUGACUCAACAAGGCUUUGCUCUUGAUGCUCGAGCUUACAAUGCUGUUAUUGAUGGAUUGUGCAAAUCUGGAAAGGUAGACAAGGCCUAUGAAGUUCUCGAGGAGAUGAAGCUAAAACAUGUAUCUCCUACAGUUGCUACAUAUGGAUCGAUUGUUGAUGGUCUGGCCAAGAUUGAUAGGUUAGAUGAGGCUUACAUGCUUUUUGAGGAAGCAAAAUCGAAAGGAAUAGAAUUGAAUGUUGUUUUGUACAGUUCUCUCAUAGAUGGUUUUGGGAAGGUUGGUAGGAUAGAUGAAGCUUAUUUAAUUUUAGAAGAGAUGAUGAAGAAGGGUCUGACUCCAAAUUUUUAUACAUGGAAUUCUCUCAUAGAUGCUUUGGUGAAAGCUGAAGAAAUCAAUGAGGCCCUUAUUUGUUUCCAGUCAAUGAAGGAAAUGAAAUGUCAACCAAACACUUAUACAUACAGCAUUCUUAUAAAUGGCCUUUGCCGGGUACAGAAGUACAAUAAGGCUUUUGUAUUCUGGCAAGAUAUGCAGAAACAGGGUUUGACCCCAAACGUCGUCACUUACACAACCAUGAUCUCUGGGCUUGCAAAGGUAGGGAACAUAACAGAUGCUUGCAGCCUCUUUGAGAGGUUCAAAACCAAUGGUGGAGUCCCUGACUCUGCAUGUUUCAAUGCUCUCAUAGAGGGUAUGAGCAAUGCAAACAGAGCAACAGAGGCUUAUCACGUAUUUGAAGAAGCUCGUCAAAGGGGAUGUAGAGUCAAUGUGACGACAUGCAUCAGUCUUUUAGAUGCUUUGAAUAAGUCUGAAUGUCUUGAGCAAGCUGCGGUUGUUGGUGCAGUUCUGAGCGAGAUUGCCAAGUCCCAGCAUGCUUCUAGAUCCUUGUAAUAUUCAGGAUCUUGUAUCGUGACACUUGGAUGGUUGCAGAAUUUGCAAAUCUGUUGUGCCUGAGUUGAUCUGGCUGUACAGUUCGUGCCUUUCGGUGUCUUGAUAUGGGAGUUUUGAUGUUGCUGGUAAUAUUUUUUUAAAUGGCAGCAAUUCAAUGCAUGGCUCUAUCCUGCUGUUUGGAGAAUGGACAUUCUUCCGCAGUUCCCUUGAUUCUGGUAAGGUUCUGAGCCUCCAAAUUUCAGUAAUAUCUGCUUCACUGGCUCAGUGCUAUGAAUUGUUCAUUCGUUCAUCUCCAGAUCUGGAAUUACGAAUUCGUCCAUGUGUUCGUGGUUACACACUGUUAUGAAUUGUUCAGCCACAGGGUUUAGCUUGCUCCAUUAUUCUGAACUUUGUAGUGUCAGUAUUUGGCACAUGUUGGUCCAGUGCCUGUUGAAUGUGCAAUUCUUUCUGAACACAGAUGUCUUACAGAAUCAGGUCUUGUGAUGUUUCUUUCCCGGUCACAGUUGGCACCCCAUACCCACCCAAUGAAGUUAGGCUGGCAUGGCAUCGUGAUCAAAACCUGAUGUAAAGUGUGCUGUGUUUUCUGCAUUGCAGCGUGCUAUAGUAGUCUCUACUUCAUCCCAUGAAAGGUUGUACUCUCCCACAGGCUGUGGAAUAUAAUUUCUUCCCGAUCCUCUUCCGCACUGCAUCCCAUCUCCAUGUGGUCCAUCGCUGGUGCAGAUCGGUCUAAAAAGUGAAGGAACAGCUGUACCGAUGGUUGUUUGAAAGAAAUAGGGAUGAUUGUUGUCGUGAGGAACUACGGAGCAAAUUUGUACCCUACAUCCUCUUGGCCUCUUCGCACCAGCCCAGUACUAAGCAUUACCACAAAGAGGAGUUCACAGCACUGGCAACGCUAGAAGUUCAGGUUCUCAGAUCCUUGAUUCACACAACAUGCUCCUUUCAGGCAAAGGGGGAGGCGUACUGAUGGUAGUUUGGAUUAGAUCAUGUGGCUGUCGGCGCCCAUAAGGCUUCCGAACAAAACUGAAUUUAAUGUGUUGUAUCUUGGGACAUGGUUGGACUGACAUCAUGCCGUCACAAAUCUUAAGAUCAUUUUAGAAGCAUCUGGCAAGGCUGGUGCCUCAGGAUUACGGUCAACCUAAGUAACCAGAGUGCUACGGAAUCAACUGAAUUAGAAGAGGAUGUUAGUGCACAAAGUCUCCUUGGUAUUAGGAAUCCUAGAUCAAAAGUUCGGAAGGAUUUGAAACUUUAAGUAAUUGAUGGUUCUACUAAAGCAAUAUGCAUACACUGUGGUGCAGAACUAGUAGCUGGUAAGAGAUCUGGAACAAGUCAUUUGAAUUAUCAUGUUGAAAAUUCAUGUCCUCAACUUAAGAUAUCAAGAAAAGGGAAGCAUGGUACUCCAAAAUCAGAAAUUCCACCGUUUGACCAACAACAAUGUCGUGAAGAUUUUGCUAGGAUGAUUACAUGUCAUAUCUAUGCAUUUAUGAUGUGUGAACAUUAUUACACAAUGCAAUUCAUCAAUAGGCUGCAACCCUUAUUCAAGCUAGGGCAUAGAACUAGUACACAGGAUUGCUGAAGCCCUGAUGUGUACACAGGAUUGGCUAAGAGAUGACAUACCAGUUGAGUCUAAUAAGCCAAGAGGAGAUGGAUUAGAUAAUGAAGCAUCUUCACCAAUUUUGAAUCAAGAAGAGUUGUCUGUGCACUCCCAGUUGGCUUCACCGGUAAAAUGGGGGCACUGAAGCAGCUACUUCUAGGGGCCUUCAUCUAGUUCCUGUUUCACUUAGUAGUAGAGACAAUCUCGAUAAAAUGGUACAAGUCGGUGCUAUAUUAUUGAGAUAGAUGGUCCUCUUGCAAGAGAAAAUAUUGUUUCAUCUCUGAUUCUUGUGAACUGUAAGUUUUUGAUCUUGUUAUUACUAUUGCAGUAGUUCUUUUUCCAAGUUGUUAUGCAAGUUUGUACUACCUCUGUUCCAAAAUAUU